UCCGCCGGCCUCAGGUCUCACUGACUCAGUCCCGAGAUCCCGCCGCCACCCUCGCCUCCCUCCCGAGAUCCCGCCGCCACCGCCGCCACCUCCGCCUCGCCUCCCUCCCUCCCCAUCCCGAGAUCCCGCUCCCUCCGGCAACAAGGAAGCUGACGGCGAUUCCUUGGCCAAGGGAUUCUUCAACAUGUCUCUUAACACAUCGGAAAGCUCUGAUGACUCUAAUUCAACUCAAACACGUGCAAAAAGGUCCAAGGUGUGGGAACAUUUUGAGCAGAAUCUUGUGGAAGUGGAUAAUUAUUUUAGAGCUAUUUGCAAGUAUUGUCGAAUGCAGUUAAGCACCAAAUCUGGAACUAGUAGCCUUAGAACCCACAUUUCUCAAUAUUGUCAUGCAAUUGGGGAAGCCGAGAGGAACAGAUUCAUAGCAACCUUAAAGAAGCCCAUAGAGAACUUUGUGUUUGACCCUCAGUUUAGUCGUGAGCGUAUGAUAGAGUUUGUCAUACAUGCUGAAAUCCCAUUUAACAAGUUUGAGGAUCCAUACUUCGAACCAUGGGUUCAGUCCAUGCAGCCAACUCUAAGUGUUGUGGGACGACAAACUGUUCGCAAUGAUUGUCUAAAGAAGUACCAGAGAAUGAAGCAAGAUAUUCAGAAUGAACUUGAAAGCCUAGACUCCCAUGUGUGCUUGACAUCGGAUUUGUGGACAUCAAUCCAAAAUUUAGGCUACAUGGUUGUAACAGCUCACUAUAUCACUCCUGACUUCAAGAUCAAGAAGAAGAUAAUAAGUUUCAAAGAGGUCAAAUAUCCACACUCAGGGUUUGCUAUCGAAGAAGCACUUGUUAGCUGCUUGACUGAGUGGGGCAUACGAAACAAAUUGUUUACUCUCACAGUGGACAAUGCUAGUAACAACAACACUACAUGUGACCUGUUGGUAGAUACUCACAAGUAUGAGUUGAUGCUUGAGGGUGCACAUUUGCAUGUGAGAUGUUGUGCGCAUAUCCUGAAUAUUUUGGUUCAAGAUGGGAUGAAAAUUAUUCAUGAGGGGAUAAAGAAGAUUCGGGAGCUCUUGAAGCACAUUGUCUCUUCGCCCUCAAGAAUGCAAGCUUUUAAUGAAAUUGCAGUGGUGAAUGGUCUUCCAACAAAACGUGGUAUUGCUCUUGACAUACCCAACCGUUGGAAUUCCACCUUCAAGAUGGUUGCAGAAGCAAUCAAGUACAAGACCGUCCUGAAUAGCUAUGCAAAUCAACAUGCAGAAAUUCCUCCAAAUGAACAAGAAUGGAGCACAGCUGAUUCAAUAUGUAAGUUUCUUAAAACUUUUGAAGAGGCUACAAAAGCAAUAUCAGCUCAUAGGAAACCAACUUCAUACAUGUUCUUGCCUUUAAUUGUUUGAAUUCGGGAUGCCUUGGAUAACCCUUCUUGGCAGACAAGUGUGGCACUACAAGACCUGGCUGCAGCCAUGAGGAUCAAGUUUGAAAAGUAUUGGGGUAGAGAUUUUGAUGAGUCAAACCAGCCUAUUCCUCGCAGAAAUAAAAAGGAUUAUGAUGUCAACCUUGGAAUUGUUAUUGCAACAAUGUUAGAUCCGAGGGGAAAAGCAGAAUAUGCAGAGUUCUUCUACCAGAAGAUUUGUAGCAAUAUAGAUCAGAUUGAUUCAAGUGUUGAUGCUGCUCUAGUUUGGAUGAAAAAAUACUUCCUGGAGUAUGAGCAACGCUUGAGGAGAGUUAAUGCAUACUCUGUUACAUAUUCAAGUGAGGGCAGCAUUUGUGUGGGCUCACCGGUGCUUGCGAAAAGGCAGCUAGGAUCAGAAUUUGCAAACUUCAAGUCAAGUCGAAGAAAGACUCGUCCACCAAAAUCUGAAUUUGACAUCUACUUUGAAGAAGAUUGUGUGGAAGACAUUGAAAACUUUGACAUUUUGGCUUGGUGGAAGGCACAUGCUGAGAAGUUCCCGAUCUUAUCAGUUAUGGCACGUGAUUUCCUCGCCAUUCCUCUUAGUACCGUUUCUUCCGAAUCAGCCUUUAGUCUUGGAGGUAGGAUUCUUGGGGAGUCAAGAAGCUCACUAACUCCAGAGAUGUUAGAAGCCCUUGUGUGUGGGAAAGACUGGUUAUUCAAGGAAAAAGAUGCAGACAAUGAAGGUCAACAAAUUAGUGAAGAUCAGACUAGUGAAAUGGUCACCUUUGCCACUCCAUCAGACUAGUGAAAUGGACUGAAUUCUUGGAUGCUGUUGCAUAGAGCUAUUUUUUGUUGGUGGUAACAGCCAAAAUGGAGGAAGUUCUUGGCUCAUGUGGGACCUGGAGCUCUUGUGGCCAUUGGCUUCCUGGAUCCUAGCAACUGUGCAGGAGCAAAGUGAGAAUGACAUGGACAAGCAAAGGCCAGAAGAACCAGAAACUGGUGGCCAACAAAAGAUAACGCAACUCGCCGAGCUCCUGUGAGGAGAUAAGCAUCAGGGUUGGACGAUGGCAACAACCAGGGUCUGGUCGGCAGUUGGGUCGUCGUCUCGUCUCUCCAGCCAGGGAGCAACCAAGCACAAGCGUGAACAACCUAUAUAUAUAUAUAUAUGUAACAUAGGUCUUUGCAACUUGUUUGACUACUAGUAGCUAUCUAAUGGGUUCUUAUUGGGUUGUAACCAUAUUUGGCAAGCAGUUUGUAUAACUUAUGCACUGAAAAGUUUGGGGUGGUAUGGUGUGUGAAGGUGGAAGUUUGAUUUGGGGUGAGUUAAAUUUAUAUAUUUGUGAGAA